UAUGCCGUUUCUGAUUGGUCACCCUUCAUUCCGUCAUAACAACCGCGACGGAAAUGAGAGGCUUGUGACGCUUUGAUCAACAACAACAGUGAACAGCUGACAAACUGAUAAGAUAAGAUUACACGAAGUUAUUUAAGCGACAAUGGUGUCAUAAUUUUGCGGUCAGAAUCAAAUGUCUGCGCGGUUUGACACCACGUUCUGAGGCUUUGUUUCCUGAAGGCUGAGCCGUGCACUGAACUUUCCGGAGCUGAAAAUGAGCAUCAAUGGAAAUGCCAACACAGACUCACUCAGAGACUUCACCGACGGAUACACCGAGACAAAUGAAACUUCACCUUUAUUAAGACAUGGAGCGGCGACUAUCAGGACGAGAGGAGCCUCCUUCGCCUCCUCUGUUUUUAACCUGAUGAAUGCCAUCAUGGGCAGCGGUAUAUUGGGUCUAGCUUAUGCAAUGGCUCACACUGGCAUUAUUGGAUUUUGUAUCCUGCUGGUAGGGGUAUCUUGCUUGGCAGCGUACUCUAUACACCUCCUUCUGAAGAUAUGUGACCAAACAGGUAUUAAUUCAUAUGAAGACCUUGGAAUGCAGGCGUUACAGAAACCAGGAAAGGUUCUGGUCGGACUUGCUAUUCUCAUCCAAAAUAUUGGUGCCAUGUCAUCCUACUUGUUCAUCUUGAAGUCAGAGCUUCCAGCAGCUAUCAACAGCUUCUCGAACUCAGAAAAUACAGGAGGAGCCUGGUAUGAAGAUGGACGGUUGCUUCUCAUCAUCAUCACUCUAUGCAUUGUUCUGCCUUUAUCAAUAUUACCUAAAAUUGGCUUCCUGGGCUACACUAGUAGUCUCGCUUUCUUCUUCAUGGUGUAUUUCACAGUGGUGAUUGUUGUGAAGAAAUGGUCCAUCCCCUGCCCACUGCCUCACAAUGCCACUUCAUUUUCAACUGCCUAUCAGAUAUCAAAUUCCUCUGACUCAGAUUGUACGCCCAAACUCUUUGUCAUCUCCAGUAAGAGUGCCUACGCCAUCCCCACUAUGGCGUUCUCCUUCCUAUGCCACACAGCUGUCCUGCCGAUCUACUGUGAACUUGACCGACCCACUAAAGCGAGGAUGCAGAAUGUUACCAAUGUCGGUAUUAGCCUCAGCUUCCUGCUUUACCUCAUUUCUGCACUUUUUGGAUACCUCACCUUCUACGCUCAUGUCGAAUCUGAACUGCUGCUCAGCUAUGACAGGUACCUGCCUCGGGACGUCCUGGUGAUGACAGUUCGACUGGCCAUCCUCCUCUCUGUACUGUUAACUGUACCACUCAUCCACUUUCCUGCCCGUAAGGCUGCAAUCUUGAUAUUGUUUGGAGGGCGGCCUUUCUCCUGGUGGAUCCACACAAUAGCUACCCUCGUUAUCCUGGGUGUGGUGUUGCUCAUGGCCAUCUUUGUCCCUGACAUCAGAAAUGUGUUCGGCGUAGUGGGAUCAACAACAUCCAGCUGCCUGUUGUUUGUUUUCCCUGGUAUCUUCUACCUCAAGAUCAGCAAUCAGAACUUCAGAUCCUUCGACUCCAUCGGGGCUAUAUUUCUGGUGGUGUUUGGUUUGAUUGUGGGAGUUUUCAGCUUCUCUGUCAUUGUCAUCACAUGGGUUCAGGGACCCUGACCCCCCCCGCCUCAAAUCAAGCACAAGAGAAGAAGGGAAAACAAUGCCAAAGAAACACAAUAUGAGAAGCAGCGCUAGUACUGCAUAUUUUUUUAUUGUCAACUGUUUUUUCAAUGGACCAAACCUUUCCUACUUUUUGAUUUUACAAUUUUUUUUUUUUAUAUAAGACUGUUCUGUUUUUUUGUUGUUGUUUUUUUUAAUUAUCAGAUAUAUUAUCCAGGUCAGAACUGCAAAACAAGCCAAUUUUUCAAAUGCAUCUUGUGUAACAAUCUACACAUAUUUUUAUUAUAUUCUAUAUACUACAGAUAUUUAACAAUCAAAGCUAAUAUUUUUUUUUAAUUCUGUGAUUAAUGGCCAAGUAUAUAUUGAUCCAUCACCGUGUUUACAAAUGUUUCGCUGCUAUUCUUGUCACUGAAACACUCAGCUGUUGUUUGGACCAAUACUGUCUUAAGGGAAUCAUGUUAAAAAAAAUAUUAAUGCUGGAUUUUAAUAAAAGGGAAACAAUUUUUAUGUACUGAUAUAUAAGUUGAAUCAUUUAAGCGCUAAAUAUCGUUAUCAGUCUAACAUCAGUCCACAUCUAUGGCCUGGUGUUUGAUUGGCAGGCUCGGUCUUGAUGCUGAGACCUGCUCCUCCACAUUGUGCCUGUAGUUAAUCAAAGCCACAUGCCUGGUACGUUUCUAAUCAUGGCGCUGUUUAUAUUGUCUUCAUACUGCCUCUGGAUCCUACGGCCACCCGACUCCUGCUUUUAAUCUUAAGGAAUUAGCCAAGACCAGCCCCACCGUCCCUCCAGAGCGCAGUGGCUGCCCGCCCUUCACGCUCCUUUAAAGAAGGAGCCACAGUCCAGGAAAUAUCCUUUACCUAUGACGAAGUGCACCACAUUUAUUACGGACACAUCUUAAGCUACAGGUCAUUUGUGUUGACUUGAUUGAGUGUGACUUGAUAUGUAGUUGUUCAGCACUUAUGAAGACCGUCAUCAGCUGUCUGUCACUGGUGUUAUCUGUUAGUUGUAACACAAGCUCUUUUAGCAAUAAAACACCCUCAACCCCCCCCUCCCUCUCCCCCUCUUACCCUGAUGUUCCUACAUGGGGUUACUGUGGGAGCUGCUGAGCUACACCCAAACACAACACAAGAUUACCACCUAGUGUCCAACGCCGUUCACUUCAGUUCAGCCUCAUUUGCUGUGGUUUGUGAAACUGAAAAGAGAUAAGAAAUUUUCUUCCAGUUUUAUCAUGUGUUGUAAAAAUGCACGUUAACGCAGACCAGAGCUGUUUUUACGGAGGUCUGACUGGGGCAUGUGUCCUCAGCCUCGGGUGGGAGUGUUUUUGUUUAGUUAAACUCACUCACACCCUGGGCCCAUGUCCAGCAGUAUGACAACACCAUCUCCCAGGGUUAAGGCAAGGAAUGAGGCGGAGGAAUGAUGGUGGGCUGAAAUUAUACUCCUGUUGGCAGCCUCAGCUCUUAUAUUGUUUUAAGAGGUGUCGGCUGUGUUCUUUGAAAAUUAUUUGUUGGAAAUCAGGAUUGGGAUCUUUGAGUAACCACUGGCCCUGCGUUGACCUUUGACACUUUACUGUUUGAUGACACUGCUUUCAAUGGAAUCCAAGCAUCCAACAGUCCGAAAUAUUCAGGUCGACUUUGGCAGGAGAUGACAGGCAGCCUCUUUAGAUUAGUGGUGCUAGAGCAAAUUUCACCUCCUUUUCCUGUUUGUGUUCCAACAAUAACAUCAGCUCAGCGUGCCAUUCACACAGGUAGUGGACGUCAGAAAAUGCAGCAAAGCAAAGAGCAUGUACAACAUCUGCUUUCUGUUUACCCGCAUAAUCUUGUUCAACAGGAAUUCCAAGCUGAAAGGUGCUUCAAGGGUCUUUUCACAUAAGCCUUUAAAUGCAGUUUGGCAUGAUGAGUGGUUUUCCUUGUUAGUCAUGGUGGCGGACUGCAACUCAGCAAAUGCCAUCAAUACGCAAGUGUCAUCACUGAUGAAGAGCUUAUUAGCUAAAUUUUUCCUUCCUUCCAUUCCCUCUGUUCCUUUUCAGUCUCCAUCACCUUGCGCUGCUUUUCUGCUUUUAAUCGAUUUCCACGCUCUAUCAGUAAACAUACCCUGUGUGUCACAGUAAGAGCAUUCCUUGAGCUGAGAACUUUUUUUUUUUUUGAGACCAUAAAUGCUUUGGUCAUAGCAGAAUCUACACUUUUCAUGCUCAGAUUUCUAUAUUUUUAUAUUUAAGGGUUUUUUUUGUUUGUUUUUACUGGUUAUUUAGGACAGAGCACCAGGCAAAUGUAUUUAAGGAGCAUCAUGUUGUAUAAUGCUUGUAUUUACUGCAUCUUGUAUUUCUGUUUUCAGUCUUUCAGAUGCUCCAUGUUGUACAUACACAGAUUAAUUUUUAUUUUUGUUAGAACACCACCAGCUGCAGAAAGCCAUCUGUUAUAAAAACACUGAAAACUGCUGCUUAUGUUUUAAGUAUUGUUUGUAUUGUGUGCAGCAAACAAGCUGCUGUGUUGAAUGGCUGUCUUUAAACUGAAUUGCCUGACAUGCUCAUCACCUGUCACGGCUCAACAAUAGCAGCAACACAAUGAUGUGAAAUAUACUGGCCUCCAGAGCUGCUGUCGCCAUAGUCACCGACACAUUACAAACCUUGGAAGGAGACCGACUGGGAUGUUAUAUUGUCCACAGAGAAAUGAAGGUUGAAAGUGAAAUAAUCCUUUGGUAAACAAACACAGGGGAUUUCCAGUGUUCAAAGAUUGCAGUGCUUAGUUAUUUUGGCAGAUGAUGAGCAGGGGUUGAGGCUGAUGGAGGCCCACUGGUCACUAGCUCAGUAUGGGGUUCAGACCAGUCUGUGUUUUUGGGGGGGUGAGCUCUUCUUGCUGUGCUCCCAUCAGCCCUGGGCUGAGCUCUUAAUGCGUCCCUGACGCCUUGCUGGCGCAGGGGGCCACGCUUCCUCACAUCUGGAGCCAAUUACCCAGAAGGGGCUGUGACACAGUCCCCCCACCCUCUAUGUUUUGCUCUGUUGUCCACUCUCGCAGUUACAUUCCUCAACUUUUCACUACACUACUACAUUCCCAUUGAGAAACGUCAUAAAUAAUAUAUAUAACCCUAUAUAAAGAUUGAUGUUGCCAUAUAUGUAACCUAUAAGGUGAUAUAUUAUCAUCAUAUAUACAGCUUUAGAAAUAAUUAACAGACCACUGUGACAAAGUAGAGGAAAGUCAACAAGAAGUAAUAACAUGUAGUAAGUAUAUUAAGAACAGCUGAUGU